CCCGCACAUUCAUCCUUCGAUUGGCAGACUGUUGCGCCAAAUCAUGGCUUCCACCUCGAAAGAAGAGGAUACUACUGCGUGGGGGAAAGCCGAGAAAAAAUUCGAGAAUAAACAUGCAAGUGAAUACUACGACCCGUGCCAGGAGUUCGCAACCCGCAGUAUCAAAUGUAUGCGUCGUAACGCAGGGGACCGAGACAUGUGCGGUGAUUAUUUCCAGGCAUAUCGAGACUGCAAAAAGGAGUGGUUGACACAGCGAAAGCUCGCCAAAGCGAAUACCUCAACUACUCAAUCGUGACACGACUUACCCAUUCCUGGCCUCUGCGAAUGACAAGAGCAGUCAUGGACGGCGAGAACUUCGCCGACUCGGUGCAUCACAUCAACCUUUCAUAUGCACGAACAAGCAUCUAGAUAAAUAUGUUCAUGAUUGGUUAAUUCAUUAUCUGGGUUUGAAUGGUUCCAUGAGCUAGGAAACUUGCAAGGAUACUAUGCCUUCGAUAACCUGAUAAGGAUCUCCUUCUAGGGAUUCUGAUUCCUUAUUAGGAAAAUGCGUGCCAUCACUCGCCCGCGCGGAUAACGUUUGCAGUCUUCUAGCAUGCGAGUAUCAUGUACUACUAUAUACCAUUUCAUCGAUAUGUGCAUGCAUAACAGCGGCAUAUACAAAGUACUCUUAUGUAACAUUAAGUAUUUUCAUGGACUCGGCGUUUACGGAAAUCUCGAUGGUUCACUUUUUUAUCUUUACGGGUUUGAUAGAUAAUAUAUUCCAUGUACAUUUCUGAUAUCAAAA